AUGGGUACACAUCAAGAGAUUUUCCGCGGGCCCGGCACCCUAAACUUAAUGACAUCCAACUCGAGGGUGGUUGAGGUCGACGAAAAGACGGGCAAGAUCUUAUCCCGAACCAAUUCGGCUGCAAGUUUGGAAACUUUUGAGCCCGAGCACACGUUACAAAGAGGUUUAAAGUCUCGUCAAGUUCAGCUCAUUGCAAUUGCAGGCGCUAUAGGAACUGGUUUGUUUCUUGGUUCCGGAAGCACGCUUGCUCAAACUGGUCCAGCAUCAUUGGUGUUGAGUUACAUUGUCUUGGGACUGGUUGUGUACUUUGUCAUGCAUUGUGUGGCUGAAAUGAUCAUCUACAGACCUUUACCUGGAAAAGGGGUAGUAGACAUUGUGGGCACCUACCUUUCCCCUUCGAUUUCCUUUGCCAUUGGCUGGAACUACUGGUAUGCCUUUUCCAUUCUUAUUGCCGCCGAAGUCACAGCCGCCGGUGCAGUUUUCCAAUACUGGGUCGAUGUCAAUGUUGCUGCUCCCAUUAGUGUGUUGCUCGUGAUUGUUAUAGCGAUGAAUGCCGUCUCUGUCCGCGUGUUUGGCGAGGCUGAGUUCUGGUUCGGGCUUAUCAAAUUGAUUGCGUUGAUGGGACUUAUCAUUCUCGCAAUUGUUCUUUUCUUUGGCGGCGGCCCCAAACAACAUGGGGUGGUUGGGUUUAGAUACUGGAAAAAGAAUGCUUUCAAAGCUUACCUUGUAAAGGAUAAUCUUGAUCUCGGCCGGUUUUUGGGCUUUUGGACUGCCAUUGUAAAGUCGGGUUUCUCAUACAUUUUCGGUCCCGAGAUGAUUGCCACCUGCUUGGGCGAGACAGAGAACCCCAGGAAAAACGGAAUCAAGGCCCUGAAGCGGUUCAUUUGGCGUUUGCUUUUCUUUUACGUCUUGGGCUCCUUAGGUAUCAGUGUCAUUGUUAGCUCGUCCGAUAAGAAACUAUUUGGCAGUGCCAGCGACGCAAAGGGGCUGCCUUGGGUCAUUGGCAUCCAGAAUGCCGGAAUUCCAGUUUUGAACCACAUUAUCAAUGCUGUGAUCCUCACCAGUGCUUGUUCUGCUGCCAACUCGUUUUUGUACACUGCAACGAGAAUGUUGUUCUCGAUGGCCGAGAGGGGCAAUGCGCCCAAGAUAUUUGCACGUGUCAAUCGCUGGGGUAUUCCGUACUACUCGUUGGCUGCCUCGUCGGCACUUGGCUUCUUGGCAUACCUCAACUGUUCGUCAUCGGCCUCGAAUGUCUUUUCGUGGCUCAGUAACCUUACCACAACCCUGGGUUUCAUCUCCUGGAUAGCCAUCUGUUUUGCAUUCAUCCGAUUCCGCAAGGCUUGCAAGGUCCACGACUGUUCGGACCGGGUCCCUUACAAAACCUACUUGGGCCCAUUUGGUGCUUACUACGUUAUAGUCUUUAUGACGUUGCUCACGUUGACAAACGGGUACCCUUCCUUUGUGCAUGGCUUUAGCGGCGCUGACUUUGUUGCCGCCUAUGUGACAUUGCCAAUUGUUUUUGGUCUCUACGUGGUUCACCGCGCUUAUGAUUACUUUAAGAACCACAACAAGCACUGGUUGAAUCCGAUUGAAGACAUUGAUAUGUUUAGUGGGCUCGACUUGAUUGAAGCCGAGGAGAGGAAUUUCGUGGAGCCGGUUCCAAAGAAUGCCUUGCAAAAGUUUUGGUACUGGGUAGCAUAG